UUUUGGGGGGUUUUCCCCGUAUGUUCCUUUAAACGUUUGUAAAUAUGCCAACACUAGACAUAAGACAAGAGCCAAGAUGGACGUGGCACGUGACAACAGUGACUGGUCGAGCGUUCCAGACUGCUCCGGAUGAAACGAAGCACAGCACUGACCUUCUUGACGCUCCAUAACCCUUGGCCCCUCUCGCCAACGUCAGAGCUGCAGCUCGUCGUGGAAGAAGAGCAACUGAACGCUGACCGCGUGACCCAGGGGCCACACCCCAGCCCAGCGGGAGGCUUGGUCGGUUGGGGCUCUCCUCCACCACUGGGGCACGAGCCGGGGCCACCAGCCGAGAUCCCGCCAAGCAACCCCGGUGCUCCAGAAGGCGCCGGCCACACCUACACGUGUCUACGAUGCCAGAAGCGCUUCGCCACGCCGCACGGCCUCGAGGUGCACGCCCGGCGCGCCCACGCCGGCACGCGCCCCUUCGCCUGCGCCCUCUGCCACAAGACGUUCGGCCACGCGCUCAGUCUGGAGAGACAUCGGGCCACCCACGCGCAAGAGCGCAGCUUUGUGUGCAAGAUCUGCAGCAAGACGUUCAAGCGGUCGUCCACGCUCUCCACCCACCUGCUCAUCCACUCGGACACGCGGCCCUUCCCGUGCAUCUACUGCGGCAAGCGCUUCCACCAGAAGUCCGACAUGAAGAAGCACACGUUCAUACACACAGGGGAGAAGCCGCACCGCUGCGGUGUGUGCGGCAAGGCCUUCAGCCAGAGCUCCAACCUCAUCACGCACGCGCGCCGGCACGCCGGCGCCCAGCCCUUCCUGUGCGCGCACUGCGGCCGCGCCUUCCAGCGCCGCGUCGAUCUGCGGCGGCACGUCGACACCCUGCACGGAGCCGGAGCCGCCGCCGUCGUCACCGCCGCCGCCGCCGCCCCGGAGUGCCCCGAGUCCUGCUCGCCGUACGGGGCGAUGCGUCGCGACGCUCGGAGGACUCCGCGGCAGGACGCGGAGCGGGACGAGCGGGAGCGUCGCCAGCGUGUUCUGCAUCGUCUUGAACGCGAACAUCUGCAGCAGCAGCAGCACCAACAUCAGCAGCAGCAUCAUCAUCAUCAUCAGCAGCAGCAGCAGCAUCAUCAGCAGCAGCAGCAUCAUCAUCAUCAGCAGCAUCAGCAGCAGCUGGCGAAUGUCGAUUUCCGAUUUGGCCGCGCGUACGACGGGCGCUGCUACGCCGCGCUGUUCGGCGGCGCGGCCGACGAGGGCUUCGUCGUGCCGGGCUACGAGGGCCGGCAGCUGUAUGAGGCGCUGCUGUGGGCGGCGUGCCCGCGCCCGCCCGCCAGCGGCGGCGGCGGCGAGGGGCGGCCCUGCCACCCGGCCUGCCCCGGCGGGCCUCCGCCAGAGCACGCGUGGCACUCGUGCCGCGCGUGAAGUGACACGCGCGGCGCCUUAGUGCGCGCGUCCGUGUGUGUGUGUCCGUGUGUCCGUGUGUGUGUCUGAUACGGGAGAUCUUUGUCUUUGU